CUCCUAUUAUAUACUUGCCAAGCAAGGAGAAAUAGUCUUCCCAACAUCCAGCCUGUCAUACCCGAGCCAGCAGACAUGCCAGUGGGUCAUUGAAGGCAGCAUUGGCAGCAGAAUUCAAAUACAGGUACAAUGUCAUCAAAUGUUCUUAGCUCCCUUGACGAAAAAAAAAUUAUUUUAACAUAGUGUUUUUUUUAAACGUUAAAUCUAUUAUUUAAAAAAAAUUGUUUUUCAAAUCACUGGUUUCAUUUAAUCAAUAAAAUAAUUUAUAAACUUUGCACCAUUCAGAUCAUUCACUUCAGUACAGAGCACGAUGUUGACUUCCUGGAGAUUUGGGGAGGGGGGAGAACCGUGACCUCCAGUGUACGCAUGCUAAGACUGUCUGGAACUUUAGAUGAAGCCCUCUCAUCAUCUUCUGUACUACUGACCCCCAACAACUUAGCUCUCCUGCGGUUCUUUUCUGACACCACCACGGCCAGCUCAGGAUUUAGACUUUAUUUUCAAUCAGGUGAAACAUCGAUAGAAAAACAUAUGCAUCUUUUAAUUUUAAACUUUACACUUGUUAAUUUUUCUCAUCUAACUCAACACCAAAUUUUUUUCUUUGUGCGUAAAAUCUUUGGCGUAUUCAUCCAUUGUAUGUUAUGAGAUAGAGAAAACAAUUUGAAUAGUUUAAGUCACUUAUCUUUAGCAGGUUUAGCGGGGGUUAUUUAUGUUUUUUACAUCAUUUCCCAGGUUUUGCGUGUGACCUGGCAAGAGUGCCAAAUCGA